UUCCGUGCCUCUUCGCGCUUGCGUUCGAGCGGAAGGUCGUCCCUGUGACCGGCUAGGUGUUCGCCGCCGCUGUCGCCAUGUUGUCGGUCGCUGCCCGCUCGGGCCCAUUCGCGCCCGUCCUGUCGGCCACGUCCCGCGGGGUGGCGGGCGCGCUGCGGCCCCUGCUGCAAGCCGCGGUGCCCGCCACCCCGAAGCCACCUGUUCUGGAUGCGAAGCGACCCUGCCUGACCCGAGAGUCGCUGAAUGGCCAGGCUGCGACCCGGCCUUUGGUCGCCACGGUGGGCCUCAAUGUUCCUGCUUCUGUUCGCUAUUCCCAUACAGAUGUCAAGGUGCCCGACUUCUCUGACUACCGUCGCCCUGAAGUUCUAGAUAGCACAAAGUCUUCUAAAGAGAGCAGUGAGGCUAGAAAAGGCUUCUCUUACCUGGUAACUGCAACUACUACUGUGGGUGUUGCAUACGCUGCCAAGAAUGUGGUCACCCAGUUCGUUUCCAGCAUGAGCGCUUCUGCUGAUGUACUGGCCAUGUCGAAGAUCGAGAUCAAGCUGUCUGAUAUUCCCGAAGGAAAGAACAUGGCUUUCAAAUGGAGGGGCAAACCUCUGUUUGUGCGCCAUCGAACCAAGAAGGAGAUUGCCCAGGAAGCUGCAGUUGAAUUGUCCCAGUUGAGGGAUCCACAGCAUGAUUUAGAGCGAGUAAAGAAACCUGAAUGGGUUAUUCUGAUAGGUGUCUGCACUCAUCUUGGUUGUGUACCCAUUGCAAAUGCAGGAGAUUUUGGUGGCUAUUAUUGCCCCUGCCAUGGGUCACACUAUGAUGCCUCUGGCAGGAUCAGGAGGGGCCCUGCGCCUCUCAAUCUGGAAGUGCCUACCUAUGAGUUCACCAGUGAUGAUGUAGUUGUUGUGGGUUAGACACUGGACUCAAGGCCUAGGUUUCUUUCGAUCUUCCUGUUCCCUCAGAAGAGUUGAGAGUAAGCCUUGUGUACAUCUAGGUUGGGUUGACUUAAAAUAUUUAAGAAUUGUGAAUAAUGUAUUGGCAAACAUUAAUGUGAAGUAAUUGAAUUCACUCUUAAAUAUUGUCAAGCAUUAUCGUAAUAAAGCCAUUGUUGAACAUCAUUAAAUUCAGUCAGACUUGAAAGGUGCAAUGUCUUUGAUAGCUAAUUCUAAUAAAACAUCACAGAUUGUUGUACAAGAUA